UCUCGCCAGUCUUAAGUCACAAUUCUAUGCGAUUGUACGGUCUUUAGCUGUAGAUUUAUUAUUAAACAACUUAAAUGUUUUAAAUACAAGUGUUUUAUAAAUAAACUGUGUUUGUGAUAGUAAGUGGUUUGUUUGAGUGUUUGUUCGUUUGUGUUAGUUUAUGUUACGUUUUGUUGUAUAAUUUAAAAGAAAGUUACGAAAACUUCUCAAAAUGCUGUUGUCACUAGCAUUAGUGGGCUUCAUCACCUUCAUACUAUGGAGACUAUUGUCUGAGGAGGAUAAUCCUCUAGACAAGCUGCCAGGACCGAAGAAACUGCCUAUUGUAGGAUCUGCCUUCGAGUUUAUGCGGAUGAAUCCACGAGACCUGUUCAUAAAAAUCCGCCUCUUCGCUGAAAUAUACGGCGACAGAUACCUUAUCAAGAUCCUGGGAAGACGGAUAUUGCAUGUUCAUAAUGUCAAGGAUGUUGAGGUCGUGUUAGCUCACUCACGUAAUAUAAAGAAGAGCAAGCCGUACACAUUUUUGGAAUCUUGGCUCGGAACUGGGCUUUUACUGAGUAACGGUGCAAAAUGGCACAAGCGCCGUAAGAUCCUGACUCCGACCUUCCACUUCAACAUCCUGAAGAGUUUCUCCAUCGUGAUGAAGGAGAGAAGCAAGGGCCUGGUGGAGAAGAUCAAGACCUUGGAGAAUACAGACGUCAACCUACUGCCUUUAAUCAGUGAUUAUACACUGUAUAUUAUUUGUGAAACUGCAAUGGGCACCCAACUAGACUCCGACAAAUCAGCAAAAACUCAAGAAUACAAGAGUGCAAUCUUAUCGAUAGGAAACCUCCUCUUCGCCCGUCUAACAAGAGUUUGGCUUCACAACGAAUACUUUUUCAAAAUGCACUCCCUCGGCAGAAGAUUUCAGAAAUGUCUAGAAAAAGUCCAUUCCUUCGCUGACGAUGUCAUCAUGGAAAGAAAGAAGAAUUGGAAGCCAGGACAGAGUGAGUUUACAGAAGAAGAUUCUGUUGGAGGCAAGAAGAGAUUAGCUAUGCUGGAUUUGCUGUUGGAAGCGGAGAGUAAAGGAGAAAUUGAUUUAGAAGGAAUAAGAGAAGAAGUUAAUACUUUCAUGUUUGAGGGACACGACACGACAGCAAUGGCGAUAGUUCUUGGCCUGAUGCUGAUAGCAGACCAUGAGGAAGUGCAGGACCGUAUAUUCGAAGAAUGCCAGAAGAUCUUCCCUGAUGCUGAGAGCACACCAUCGAUGUCUGAUCUGGCAGACAUGAAGUAUCUGGAGGCAGUUAUCAAGGAAACCCUGAGGCUGUACCCCAGCGUGCCUUUCAUUGCGAGAGCGAUUACUGAGGACUUCAUGUUGGAUGAUCUCCUAGUAAAGAAAGGGUCCGAAGUAUCCAUCCACAUCUAUGACUUACACCGUCGAGCUGACCUGUUCCCCGACCCUGAGGCCUUCAAGCCUGAGCGGUUCCUCAGCGGAGAACCUAUGCAUCCUUACGCCUUUGUGCCGUUCAGCGCUGGUCCUAGGAAUUGUAUAGGUCAAAGGUUUGCCAUGCUAGAAAUGAAAUGUGUGCUGAGUGGAAUUUGUCGUAACUUCAAGCUGCAGCCGCGCGUGAAGGGUGCACGGCCGGCGUUGUUAGCAGACAUGCUGAUUCGGCCGGCUGAGCCCGUCUAUGUGAAAUUUAUUCGUAGAUAGAUUUAUAAGUGAUAUAGGUGAGGGAUUACACACUACCAUGGCGUGCAUAAAGUGUUGGGACGUUAAAAUUAAGGUCUUGUUAGUUGAACAUGAACGCUCAGGGUCUUAUUGGACUCCUACAAUUCUGAGAUUAAUAAAUAUGUACAAGAGUAAUGUAGUUUGAUGUGGUAACAAGCAUAACAAGGCCUUGCUGUUCUAAUUAAAGUGGAAAAGCAGAGGGAAAACCUAAACUAGUAGUUGUUAGCCACUAACGUUUUCCCUGCUGCUAUCUACCUAAAAGUCGAUAUUCUAUCUAUUCACCUAGGUUUACAGCGAAUGUUUUCAAAUAAUGUGACAUGAGCCAGUAAAAGUAUAUAAAAUAACAGUGUAUGAGACACAAUUGCAACAUUCCGAAAUCCAUGGUAGUGUGUGAUCCGUUCCGUUCAGAUUUUUUCAAGGAAUUUCGUACGUCCACGUGUAAAGCGAUAAAAUGAAUGCCUGUAUUAGAUAAAAUACAUAAUAUAUAUCUAAUGUAAGUAAGCCUUAUUUUUUCAAAUUAUUUCA